AUGUCUGACAACAAGGAACAGAGCUUCAACAUCCUCCCCCACCCGGCCAAGACCAACAACCCGGCCGAUCUCAACUCUGAGCCUGCCGAGCACGGCGGCCUGCAGGGAGCUGGCGCCAAUGCGUACAAUGCCAAGGGUCCGUACGUUCCCAGCAAGGAGAUUGCCGAGGGCCUCGAGCAGCCCAAGUCUCGGGAAGAGCUGCAGGCUGAGGCUGCGAAGCUCAACUCAUGA